AUUGAUGAAAGAAAUAGAUUUAUUUUACCGUGUGGGAUUGUUAAUAAACAUUGCGUAUUUUAUUAGUAAAAUGUAGAAAUACGUCGUUUAAUUGAAAUAAAUUAAGAUGUACUACACACUUAUUAGGUUAUCAUUAAGUUGAUAAUAACAAUAAUAAGAUACCACUGGAUAACAUCUAACGUAGAAGAGUUAUAAUAUUCACCCCAAAAUGAUGGAGACUAGAAAGAAGUGUAAUACACCCGUUACACCUAAGAUAAAACUUAAACAAACUGAAUUUUCCUGUCCGGAUUGUAAGAAGAAAUUCACAGACGCAUCAGGCCUGCACUGCCACAGAAAGCUGCACACGAAAAAGCUGCCAUUCAAAUGUGAGCUCUGUGACUACCAGUGUAAGAUCAAGAAAUACUUGACUAGCCACGUGAAGAAGACUCAUACAGAGCCGACUGAUCAUCAGUGCGAUAUAUGCGGGAAGUGUUUCCAUUUCUCUUGUAAAUUGAGGGAUCAUAUGAGAGUGCAUACCGGAGAGAAGCCACAUAAAUGCGACGUGUGUGGGAAAGCAUUCAGUUCGACGUAUUCCUUGAGCGGACACAAAAUGAUACACACCGGAGAGAAGCCAUACCAAUGCACGUACUGCGACUACGCCUGUCGGGACACGUCCACCAUACGGAGACAUAUAGAGCGACAUCUAGGAGUAACCAAGGACUUUCCGUGUUCUCUAUGUAAUAAGGUCUUUAAGAGAAAAGAUACUCUACAAUUCCACCUAGAUGAGGUUCAUUUUGAGAUCAACCCCAGAAAGUUUCCGUGUCAGCAGUGUGAUAAACAGUUCAAAACUAAGAAUUCACUCAACGUGCAUAAUAACGCAGUACAUAAGAAAUCCAACCGUGUUAACUGUGAGAUAUGCGGGUUGGAGGUGACGAAGAACAAUAUUCUUUCGCAUCUGCGGCGCCACGUCAAUCUCAGGCCUUACAAGUGUAGCUACAGCGAUUGUCGAAGGCGGUUUAAGGAUAAGGGUGAUCUCAAAAAGCACACACUAAUCCACUACCCAGACCGGCAAUACAACUGCACAUAUUGCAACAGACGGUUCCCGAGAAAGUCGCGCCUAAACGAACAUAUAGCCAAGCAUUUGCGAGGCUACAGAGUGCAGUGUGAUUAUUGCAGUGAGAUGUUUGCAUUUAAGAAGAGUCUAUCGAAGCACAUAAAGCGAGCUCACGGGCCCAACCCAAAGAAAUAUAUCUGUGACGUGUGCGGGAUGGCGGUGUACAGCCGGCGCGGGAUUAUCAGGCAUCUGCAGUACGGGCAUGGGACGGAGAACGAUGUCCUAUGCCAGCUGUGUAAGAAAGUGUUCAGCCAAAGUAUCGGGUUGAAGGAGCAUUAUUUGCGGCACCACAACGUGAAAUACUGCUUGUUGGACGACAAACAAGACGACGUAGAAAUAAAAGAAGAGCCGAUAGAUGAAGAUUUGAGCGACGACUACACGCGCCGGUACUCGUUCGAGGUCGACAUACACAAACAUGAGAUUGAUGAAUUAUUCCAACCUCCAGAAGGUCAGUCGACAGAAGAGUUAGAACGACUCUCUCUAGUAUCAGACCCGGCCACACAAGAGGUGUCACAUGUAUCUACAAGUAUAGAUAGAGAUCAGAGCUGUGAUGAUGUUAUACAAGAAGUCUUCUUUGGCCAUGUCGUUCAAAAUACUGUACCGAGUAUUGAGAUACCAAAUAACAUAGUAGAUAUGAAAGAAAAGGAGACAGUGAAUAAACGCAUCGAGGAAAUGUUGAACAAAGUUCGGAAGCGCAAGGAAUACAAAGUUCUAGAGGUUUUGCGACAACAAUACAAUAAGCGUAUCUUAAUGGCUACCAAUAGUGGGAAGAAACAAGAUAAAUCCUUAAUAAAAUUCUUCAAAAAAUCAGCAGAGAAUUGGGAAAUAGACACUAAUACGAAUUCAAAUGAUAAAAUUAAUAAUCAUAACAACAACGAUAGAGAAACAAGCGUAGAUAACGGAUAUAAUGAUAAUGAAAAUAACGGAAAUAAUCAUAACGAAGAUAAUACAGAUAAUGGAAAUAAUCAUAACGUUGAUAAUGGAAAUGUAAAUAUUGAUAACCAUAAUGUAAAUAAUGGAGAUAAUGAUAAUAUAACUAACGGUGAUGAUGUGGAUUGCCAAGAAACUGAUGAUGAUGAUGAUGAAGAUUAUGAAUACAAAAAUGAUGUAAAGCAUAAAAAUGGGAAAUUAAAAUUAAAUACGCAUCAAUGUUAUAUUUGUUUUAAGCUAUUCAAAACGAAAACGGAUCUACAGCAUCACUGCUUAGAACAUUUCGACGUAUGUAACAAGAAAACUAUAAAAAAAUGCCCCUUUUGCGGUUACGUCACCAAUUUGAAACUCUCCAGACAUAUUAAACUAGUUCACAAAGUCAAAAUCAGGAAACCGUACUACCCUUCUCGCAUAAAAGAAAAAAUCACUGAAAAUGGCUCGAAAUAUGUCUUUCAGAUAGACAAAGAUUGUGAUCUAGAAAUAAUACCUAGUAUUAGUAACUUAAACAAGUUAGCCUCAAUGAAAAUCGACGAACAAAACCGUAAAACCAAAAACCAACUUCUCGCUAAAACCAAAUUGGUGAAAAAGGGGGGUAAUUGGAUGGUUAAGAAGGAAGCUGUAACAGUAAACCACGAUUAUCUGUUACCUAAUUUCUUUAAAGAGGAAUACCAAAGCUUAAAAACUAUAGGGGACACUUAUAUUGAAAGGUUAAGAGGUUUAAGUAUUAUAGCAAAACAACGGAAACUGAGAAUGCUCUAUCCAUGUGAUGGGUGCGAAAAAAUAUGUCUUACAAUAGCAGCCUUGAAACUACAUUUAAGAAAACACGAAAUAAAUCCGAAAAAAUAUAAACCGAAAAUUUGGAAAAAUCGUAUAGUGAAAGCUAGUAAAAAUAUUAAGUGCGGUAAAAGUGUGAAUGAUGCGAGUAAAAGUUCAAAUGAUGAGAGUAAAAGUGUGAAUGACACAGUUAUUAGUUCGACGAAUCGUUUCGCUGAUCCGAAUCCGGUGACCGGUAGACAUAAAUGUGAUAAAGCGUUGAUAGAAUUCUACAAAAAUAACAUCAAAGGUGGUGAUAUAGAGUUUUGGCAAUUUUUGAAAAUAUUCAACAAAAUGGAUAGGGAAAAUGUGAAAGAUUUCAAAGAUUUGGAGAACAGAUUCGAUUUUGGUAUGCAUAAUGUGAUUAUUAACGAUAAAAAUAAUGGAAAUACUCCCGAAAAUAAUGAAAAUACCUCCAAAAAUGAUGAAAAUACUCCCAAAAAUAAUGAUAAUGAAAAUAAUAGAAAAAUUAACAAAAAUAAUGUUAAGAAAGGUUUUACAAGAGCAAUAAUGAUUAGUAAGAAGGAAUAUAUGAGAAGAAUGGAGAUUAAAAAGAGAAUGAGAGAGAGAUUGCAAGCCUCUAAAUAAAAUGAAUAAUUAAUAGGGAUGAUAAUGGGGUAUGAAAAUUAAAAAUCUAUUUAGUCCGUC